UCAAAUUGCUUCUGGGCCGCACCUGAGACUGAGAGUAACCACGUCGAGCGUCUAUAAACCACAGCAUCAUCGCCCUAAUGUUCUUCGCCCUUUGUCCCAAAGAAACAAAUGCCCUCGACUGUUUUCAAGUUUGAAAUUCAACCCCUUUUUUUGGGUUUUCUUAUUGCCUGGGAUUGGAGUAAUUGCUUUGCUUUGAUUUGUACCUAUGAAGACUGAAGAGGUUUUUCUGGCAGAAUAUUUCCUACCACCAUGGAUAGCAGCAGUAAGCCAGUGACCGUCAGUUGUGAAAAUGGUAAGAAAACUUACCCUAGCUGCAAUGGUUUAUCCUAUACCAGGCAAUUUUAUUUGGAUGGUUCAGAUCUUUUUAGAAUGCCGAGAACUGCAUAUUUUCUGAAGGCAGAGAAUCAGCUAGGGCUUUAAGUUUUCCUGUAGAAAUUGUUCAUCAUCAACCUCUAACAUGAUUCAACUCUGCAAUUUGAAGACCUUCAGAUUGGUUCACUCAAUAUUUUCUUGUACAUUUGCUUCCAAAACAAACAGAGUGUUGGUUGGAGAUCCAAAACCCUCACAUUUUUCUCUUCAGAGUCAGUUGCUCUGCAGACACAUCACCUCAGAAAUCUCAGAAAACCAACACAAUUUCACAGUCACUUACCUCAUAAACACUUGCGGGUUGUCCCCAGAAGGAGCGAUUUCAGCUUCUAAGUGGGUCGAGUUGAAGUCACCAGAAAGAGCAGACUCCGUUUUAGAGCUUCUGAGAAACUAUGGAGCAUCUCAAACCCAGAUAUCAAAGCUUAUUAGGUCACAUCCAAAACUUCUUUCAGCUGAUCCUGAGAAAACCCUUUUGCCAAAGCUUGAGUUUUUCAGCUCUCUUGAAAUUUCAAAGGUGGACCUUAUAAAAACUCUGGCUUUUAAUCCACAGCUUUUGGCAGCCAGCUUGAGAAAUCGGAUUUUGCCCACUUAUAACUUCCUCAGGAGUAUGCUCUCUGAGAAAAAUGUUGUUGCUGUUUUAAAACGCAACUCAUGGAUUUUCUUGGAAAGUCACCGCAAGCAUGUUGUUCCAAAUAUUGGGCUUUUGAGAGAAUCGGGUAUGCCUCAACCAUGCAUUUCUUUGUUGUUAGCUCACUGUACUCCCGCUUUGAUGUUAAAUCCUGAAAAAUUUGGUCAACUUGUGGGUGAGGUUAAGGAAAUGGGAUUUAAUCUGGAAAAAUCAACUUCAGUGAAUGCCCUGUGUGCAUUGUGUGGUAAGAAUAAGUUGGUAUUGAAUAGAAGUCGUGAAGUUCUUAAGACAUGGGGUUGGUCUGAGGAUGAUUUUCUCUCCGCUUUCAGGAAGAACCCAAUUUGUAUGAUUGUCUCGGAGAAGAAACUUAUGCAAGCAAUGGAUCUUUUAGUGAACAAGAUGGGAUGGUCGUCAGGAAUGAUUGCCAAAUAUCCUGUGGUCCUCGGUCUCAGUAUGGAGAAGAGACUUAUCCCAAGGUGCUCUGUUGUUAAAGUUCUGUUGUCGAAAGGUUUCAUAAAUGAGAACUUGAAUCUGGGUUCUCUGCUGAAACCGGCAGAGAAGCAGUUCUUGGAGAAUUUUGUGAACGGAUAUCUUGGCAAAGUACCUGAACUGUUAAGUGUGUAUCAAGGGAAGGUAGAUAUCCAGGAUGUCUGAUCUGAUAUGUUGAAACGGAAUGACUGUAGGAUUGGUAUGGGUCACGCGCGGGCUGCCCCAGCUCGGCAAUUCAUUCGGUGACUUCACGGUCGCCGAAUGGAUUGGGACCCUGUGUUGAUGAUCUACUAGUUGAUUCAAGAUCCAGGUGAUUUUCCCCAUUUAACUAGUGCCGAAAUCAGUCGGGAAUUCGAAACGACGGCACAGCACAAGCCGCCAUACCUCCGGAGGCUCCGCUUUGCCUCAGAUCCACUCAGGUUUCGUCCCGAACAUCUCCUUGACCUAUCCUCUUUGAUUCUGAUUGUGGGGCAUUCAAUGCACUUGAUGUAGACCAGAAAGAAGAGGCUUCCCGUGGGCUGGGAGAGUAGCCGCCUCUUCACUCUCCUUCAGCCGAUUCAGAUACUGAAGCAUCUCUCUUGAAGAGAGGAGCAAAAGCUCUAUCUUUGACUCAGGAGGGCGUUCCACCACAUCGACUGAUGCGGCAUGAUUCCCUCGUUGUGAAAGAAGUAAUGAAAGUGAAGCCCCGGGUCAAUCUUUGAGUAAUUGUCCUCUGAGAUGCAGCUAGCCUACUUAAGCGGCCACGGUUGGUUUAUAGGAACUACUUCAGUGUCAAUGAUUGAUUAGUUUCAUAUGGAAUCAUGUCAACAUGGCAUCAAAGGACUCGAUAAGCAUCAUUUUCUGAUUGUUUUCUCUUGUG